AGCCCAGAAACUGUCAAAUCGCGAAUGAAAUUGAUUUGUUGAUGGUUCUUGCAAGUUGCAUUAUUUAAAUUUGCAAAUAAAAAUAAUGCCAAAAACCUCACUGAAAUACUGAAAACUCAGUACAAAUUUACUAUAACAGGAAUAAAAGUAUAAACAGAAUGGGUGACAGCCAAAACGGCUUCGAGGACAAUGAGAUGCUCCAAGCGUUGUAUGACUUCGAAGCGACGUUGGCGAAAACCUUGAGUUUUACGGAGGGCGAAUUUUUCUAUCUGCAACAACAGAACGUGAAGCAGAGGAACUGGUGGCAUGUCGUUAAUAGAAAAGGUCAAGUCGGCUUCGUGCCCUCCAAUUACGUCGCUACAGUCAAGGUGGAGCCGGAGUUCUUUCUUGCGUUCCUUAGUAGUUGCAUUAAAUCUUUGAAUGAGGAUAAUACCAUGUCGGAGCAGAAGAAGGAGUUGUUAGCUAGGUUGAGUGAAAAAAAGAAGCAGCUGCAGAUAUUAACAAGGCCACAGAACAAGAAGCCUCCAGCACCCAAGCCUCCACCACGCCUGGAUGAUGCUACACCUCCUAAUGGUGUCUCUCCAUCUUUUGACUUGAGGCCCGUUGUGUCUCAGCAAUAUAUUAGUGAGGAAAGAGAUAGUUCUUCACCUAAAUCUGUGGUUGAUAAUGAUGAUAAUAGCAAGAAAACCGGCAUUACCAAAACCUCCUCGAUCCAGUUAUCCUCAGACACAGACAACCAGGAUGACAGUCAGGAUAGCAGUGAGAGCAUCAAACCUAACGCCAUAUAUGACAUAGUUCAGUCUGUCCGUAAGGAGACGCAGCUCAGUCACGAGAUGUCUAAGGUGGCCGUAGAGACUGUCCUUAUAUCCUUGAGGGAGUUCCUACCCGGUGGCGCUGCGCGUUCAAUAAUCGACGCGCUUCUCCGAGAAGCAAAUAGCAAUAUAACAUGCCCCCGAAACGCCAUGGACGCGGCGCCGGACGCGCUGCGGAUGCUAACGGCGCUCAACGCGCUGUCCAAGGCGGCCAACGACGCGCAGCAGCGCGGCUGGGCGCUGCACGACGACGCGCACGAUAUACAAACGCAGCUACUCGAGUUGAUAUCCGUUAUGUCUAACGCGGAUGUAAAUAUAUCGCAACACGUACUGAGCAGCCACAAAUACGCUUAUGUGACUACUCUGGUGCAGUAUUAUCAGAUGGAGACGCGAUGGCCGCUCAGACAACUUCUGCUGCAGGCGUUCGGUGUAAUGUGCGGCUUAGAGCGCACCGCGCUGGCCACCCUGGCGCUGUCGCAGCUGCCGCCCGAGAUCGCGCGCGACAUGCGCGACAACCCGCGCGCCGUGAGCCGCCUGUCGCACUCCGCGCUGCUGCUGUCCAUGGUGCUGUCUAUGGCCGACAAGCUGCCCGUCACACACUUCGAAAUACUCGGCGUAGAAUUCGCCGAAUUCCUCCUAGAGCUGAUCGAGAACCCGCCAGAGACGGACGUGGACGAGCAAAUACCGGAUCUGUUCCUGACACUGCUCCUGGCCUACAAUCUGCAGUUCGAUACUCCGUUGGAUAAUCUGCUGCUCAACGCGCUGGAGAGUAGGGACAAUGCCAAGACCUUCUGUGAAAAGGUGCUGUUGCUGCUUAACCGUGAAGACGACCCAGUCCACAUAUUCGACCAUGAGCCGGCCCCAGCGCACUCGGUUCUGAAGCUGGUUAUCGACCUGUUCUCACGCAAAAAGACCGCUGAACACUUCUACACCAACGACGUCAAAGUAGCCAUCGAUAUCAUCGUGAGACAGCUAGCUGACUUGUCACCUGGAGAAACGGGGCGUCAAGAAUACCUAAAGAUCCUCCAAGGCAUCAUCCGCAACACCGACUACGGUUCCCACCUCCACCGCCGGGACGACCUGCUCCGCUGCUUCGCCCGCAUCUUCUGCGAGGAAGGAGACUGCAGCCGGGACGACCAGGCCCUCGUGAGGGCCAUCUCCAACGAGUUCCCGCAAUACUUCAAGGCCUAAGGUUAGUACCGACAACUCCUGGUACUGAACAUACCUUGAACGGUCCCUGCGGGGUCGCGGAGACGGGCCUAAGCGAUGUGUUCCAAUUCCAACACGUUUUUAUGACGGCGGACGUGAAUGGUUUCUGCUUCUUUAUCUUCUAGAAUAGCCAGUACAUUCCCAAUGCAUUGAACAUUAGAAACUUAAUAAGGAAUCGCUAGAGCUAGAUAGAAAAUGAUGGCGUUACUUUUGCCAAUUUAAAAUGGGGAAAGUAAAUGCACUUUUGAUUGUUAUCUCUUACCUCUAUACUUGAACGCACUAAAGCUUAUUCUAUUAGGAUAUUUUUACUCGACUUAAAACCAAAAAUACAGGGCAAAAUGUCAGACAACGGACAGACGGGGACUAAAAACGAAACCAUUCCUGGCAUUCCUUCUGAACAUAGGAGAAUGGCAUUCAGCGCACGACAAUGGUACAUGUACAUGUCUGUUAGCUGAAUGAUGAAUAAAGACAAAAUUCCUAAUUACGUAACUGGUUAACAAUAAUCGAUAUUAUUUAUAAGUACCUAUAUCCUUAGAUACUCAUGAAACGUUCACUAUCACGUACUCUUGUUAGAGUUUUACUAUAUGUUUUAAAAAUAUUGUGCAUGUGGAGAGCGUAAGAAGUAGAUCAUAAAAAAAUGUUAUUACCUUUAAAUAACUGUUACGAUUUAAUUACAGUUAAAUUGAAUUUAAAUAGAAAACGAAAAUCUCUAUUCCAGUAUUUUUUGGUAUCAAAAGUGUCUAUACAAAUAAAACGUUAAUUUAACCUUGUUAUAUUUCUAAAUUUAUGUCUAAUGAUGUUAUAAAUGUGCGUGUGCGUGUAUGUGUGAUUUGCUGGUCUAAAUAAAGUGAACAAAAUGUAAUAGAUACGUAAAUAUUAUGAUAUUACAAUGGCAAAUAGUUAAAAAAAACUGUGUUUCUUUGUGACAAUAUGAACAGUAUAUAUAAUUAUUAUCGUUAAAUUAUUAAAAAUCGGUAAAUCACUGUCAACUAAAUUAUAGAUACAUAUAUUCUAAGUCGUUGCUUAAAUAACUAUUUCUGAAAGGUAUCUGUGCUUUUCGAACAUUAGAGGUAGGUAACUAAAGUCUGUUUUUUUAUUCCGUAGACAUGACAUUUCAUGUGUUGCUAGUUUUUUACGUCUUAUAAAUAGUGAUGUGCUACAACCGGUACUAACCGAAAAAAAACUAUUGGGAGUUACAUAUAUUUGUUGAUGAAGACGAGAGAAAACGCACUGAAUACCGAUCACUAUACGAGUAAAGUAACGAAUGUCGAAUACGUAAACCAAAAAUACCAAAAUGGCAUUGCGUCAGGUCGGCGAUACUUCAAUGUCAUUUUUAGGGUUCCGUACCCAAAGGGUAAAAACAGGACCCUAUUACUAAGACUCCGCUGUCCGUCUGUCCGUCUGUCUGUCACCAGGUUGUAUCU